AUGGAUUUCGCAUCUUCUUCACUGUUCAAUGUAAAUUUUGCCUAUGAAGAUGAACUGGAUUUUUCGUGUUUGAUAUCUCCUUCGACGUUUAUAUCAUUCCAAGAACCUAAUCCAUCGAAUCCCAUCAUUCAUUGUGCCGGUACAGAAAACGAUGGAAGACAAAGAAUUCGCGAGACGACCAUGACAGAUGAAAUCACAAAAGAAAAUGUUGAGCCGAAGAACAAGAGAGCGAAACAUAGAGAGAUUGAGAGACAAAGAAGGCAAGAAGUCACGUCUCUUUUUCAGAAUCUAAGAAAUAUAUUGCCAUUUCACUACAUUAAGGGUAAACGGUCUUCGUCAGAUCACGUUCAAGAAGCUGUGAAUUACAUCAAAGACUUACAAAAGAAGAUCAAAGAGGUCAGCGAGAAAAGAGAUCGAAUCAAGAGAUCUAUUACUCAUCCAUCUUCAACUGGAGAAUGUCCUAUAAGAUCAUCAGCAUCAUCAUAUUGUUCAUGUGUUGGAGACACACACAUCGAUGUUAAGAGAGUCCUUAUAAAGAGAGUCAAGCGACUGCUACUCAACAACAGUCGUCUCAGAUUAGAAGAAGUCUCAAUGGCGGAAUCUUCGGCUCCUCCGCUCAUCCUCGUUCACCGGCCGCCGUCGUUGGAUUAUUUGGACGAGCGUCUGAGUCGUCACUUCCAGAUUCUCAACACUCACGCCUCGUCACCGGACCCACUCCCGGUCUUCCUCUCCCGUCACGCCUCCUCCAUCAGAGCCUUCGUCAACAUCGGCAGGCUUCCGAUUGACGCCGAGCUCCUCUCCCACCUGCCUUCCCUCCAGCUACUCGUCUGCACCAGCGUCGGCACCGAUCACGUCGAUCUCGCCGAGUGCAAGCGUCUCGGCAUCGCCGUCACGAACGCUGGCGACGCGUUCUCGGAAGACGUGGCGGAUUGCGCCGUCGGCUUGCUGAUCAACGUCCUCCGUCGUAUUCCGGCCGCCGAUCGAUUCGUCCGGUCCGGUAACUGGGCGAAAUCGAGGGAUUUCCAAUUAGGGACCAAGGUAAGCGGAAAGCGAGUUGGGAUAGUUGGAUUGGGUAGCAUCGGAUCCCUAAUCGCCAAAAGACUCGAGCCCUUUCGCUGCAUCAUCUCUUACAACUCAAGAAGUCAUAAACCGAGCAUCCCAUACCGGUACUACCCGGACAUUCUCUCCUUAGCGGCCAACAACGACGUCCUCGUCCUCUGCUGCGCUCUGACGGAUCAAACGCGCCAGAUUGUGAACCGAGAAGUGAUGGAGUCGCUUGGGAAGGGCGGGGUGAUAAUCAACGUGGGACGAGGAGGACUGAUUGAUGAGAAGGAGAUGGUGAAGUGUCUGGUCGAAGGAGUGAUCGGUGGUGCCGGUUUAGAUGUGUUUGGGAACGAACCGGAAGUUCCUGAGGAGUUGUUUGGCUUGGACAAUGUUGUGUUGUCUCCGCAUGCUGCUGUGGCCACGCCAGGGUCUUUGGACAAUGUCACGGAGGUUGCUCUGGCUAACCUGAAAGCGUUUUUCUCGAACCAGCCUUUGAUUUCCCCGGUUCGGUUGGACUGA